AAAAAGGGGAAUUUCCUACAUAUAUAUAUAUUUAUCGAUGACACGGCCAAGUCAACUGUAGUCUUUCAAUUUUCUCUAGAAGAGCAGAAAACAUGAAAAUCAGAGGGUUCGUUUAUUGCUCUGUCUUAGCAUCGUUUUUUCUGUUGGGAUUUUUGCAAGGAUCCGUACAUGGCCGCCCGUUGCUGACGUCAUUACCGGCGGCGAGGCCUCGCCGUGGCGAUGCGGCGCCGUUUGCUCGGUGGUUGGUUUCUCAGAGUUCAUGGGGUGUCCUCAACACAAUAUCAAGUGAGUGGGGAGGUGCGCCGUUCGGGAACGUGGUUUCGUUUAGCGACGGCUUACCUGAGAAAGGGAAAGGCGUUCCCUAUUUUUACCUCACGGAACUUGAUCCAACUGCAUCUAAUGCUUUGAAAGAUAACAGAUCUUCGUUUACUAUAAGCGAAUAUAAUCUCGGAACUUGUGGGAAAGCAGAUCCUGAAAACCCCACUUGUUCGAAAAUUACGCUCGUUGGGAAGUUGAAACAAAUAGAUGGAAGUUCCGAUGAAGCUGAGGUGGCUCGGACCGCACUAUUCACAAAGCACCCUGAGAUGAAAACUUGGCCGAAAAGCCACAAAUUUCAGGUCUUCAAAUUGGAGAUUGAAAAUAUAUUCAUGAUCAACUGGUACGGUGGUCCGAAGCCUAUCACGGUGGAUCAGUACCUCCAAGCCAAAAUGAAGAUACUUACAUUCAUUGCGGAUACAACUGCCUGAACAAUGAACGUAGUUCGACUCUUCUGCAUGUUCACGUAUAUUUGUCGAUAGUCGAGAUACCAUGAUCAUGUUGAUAUCAACCUCACUCUCCAGCCAGUUGACUGGAGACAACAUGCAAAUAAUCUAAUUGUGAAUAAAAAAGAAUGUUGUAUUCACACUCUUUAUUCAGCAUUUGUACUAUAUGUAAUGUAUGAAAACUGUAUUACUGGUGUACAUGAUCAUGUUAAUGUAAUAAAUUUACAUAGUGGUGUUCCGGAGGA